UAGUUCGUCGAGUGCUGAGCUGCCUGCCGAUAACUUAUUCUUCUUUUGCGAUGGAAAAACCGAAAGCCUUCGUUGGCCUGGCACUGCUGCUGCUGCUGGUCCAGAGCUUCGGGAUAGCUAAUGGCCGAGAUGAGGACAUCUGCCGCCUGUUUUCCAACAACACCGUGAUCCGUGAUCCUGAUUCCUGCGGCCAAUCGAUUACCUGCAUCAAUUCCGUGAGCCACUACAGCACCUGCGCGGGCUCGACGCCCUUCUUCGACAAGGACACCGGCAAGUGUGUGAAGGCCCUGACGGAUGACUCCAGCUGUGCGGUGUCCUGCGAGGAUGCGGCCACCCAGUUCGUGGCCGAUCCCAAGUCCUGCUACGGCUACUACUACUGCUCGGACCAGGAGACGGCCCUGUACGGCAAAUGUCCCACGGAGACCCACUUCAAUGCCACCACCCAGACCUGCACCCGGCUCUACGAGUCGGCCUGCACGGCCAGCAGCUUUGAGUACUGCAACAUCGUGAAGAACAGCGUGAACUUUGACAAUCUUCAGGGAUGCAACAAGUACCACGUCUGCGAAAAGGGUGUGCUGAAGGACAAGACCUGUGCCUCCGCCUUGUACUACCAGGCCAGCACAGGAACCUGUGUGGCGAAGGCUUUGGUUGACUGCGAUGCCCAUCCCUUGCCAUCGAAUGUUUGCGGCACCGUCAAGAAGCCGUUGGAAAACAAAUUCGUCACGGAUGCAGCCACCUGUCGCGGUUACUUUUUCUGCGCCAAACAAGCGGACGGCACUCCGGAUGCGAAUCCCACUUGGAAUCAGUGUCCCCAGGACUACUUCUUUGAUGCCUCCAGCCAGACCUGCAAGAAUCCCACUUCGGUGGCCUGCAAAUGGGAUCGAUGUGAUGGUCGCACAGCUACUUUCGUGGAGAGUGCAACCACCGGUUGCCGCGAAUAUUUGAUAUGCUCGGACGGCAUCACCCAGGAGGAGAAAUCCUGCGGCAACUACUUUUUCGAUCAAACCAAGGGUGCCUGUGUACCGGACGUCCUAACUUACGCCGCGUGUAAAUGA